UCUGAAGCGCUUUUUCUUACCACUGUGCAAGAAAGAUGCUUUUUGCUAAAAUAACAUAAAUGAAGUGAAACAGUUAGUUUAUCUCAUUUAAAUGAUGUCAGGUGGUCUUAUAGAUAAAGUUUAUAUCGGUCUGGAUAAUGCGCCGGCCGCAUUUGAUAUUAAAGGACGUAUUUUGGGACCAAAUGGCACUAACUUAGAGUACAUUCGAUCAGAAACUGGUGUAGUUGCGGUUUUAAAAGGGGAUAAAAUAGAGCCACUGCAUUUGGCUCUACAUCACACAAGAUCUGAAGCUCUAGCAGCUGCAAGGUCGCUCGCGCAGAAUUUAAUAGAGACUAUAAGAGCUGAGUUGGCGCAAUGGAGCGCUGCCCAAGCCGGGGGGCCGCCUCCGGCUCUGAACGUGCCGCCGCCGACGCUGACGACGACGAGCGCGGCGCCGCCCGUGCCGCCGCCCGCGGUCACGGCGGCGCUGUCCACGCCGCCCACGCUCACGUCGGCCGCGCACCCCACCGUCAUGCCGCCCGUCGUCAGCGUGGCGCCCGCCACCGCGCCACUCAUGACGGUCCGCCAGCCUACCAUGCUACAGCUCCUGCAGCCUCAGCAGCAAUAUGUACUGAACCAAGAAAAUGGGCAGCUAAUACCUAUAGUACAACCUGGAGUACAAGUUUCUAAUACUAAUUUUACAUCUUUACCCUUAGCUCAGACGUUAAAUUUACAGCAGCCUAACUUUGGGACACAGAUUGUAGAUAUAUCUAGUAUGCAGCCAGUGAAUGUGACUCAGUUGAGGCUGAGCGGGGUGCCUUCUUCUAUGUCAAUGAUCCUGCCUAAUGGGCUUUCAUUUCCUCAAGCCAGUUUGUCUACCUCAGACAGUACAACUGUGAGCACAGCUACAUCUACACCUGUGGUAUGUGCAGCUCAGAGCACAAAUUCUUCACAAAAGAUCCUGUACAGUACUGAUAAAGGGGAUAAGGAUUUGAAGUAUCACAUACAAGGAGCUGACACAGUACAGUGGACAGUGCCUGGCUCUCAAACUAUGUUGAUCCCAUAUCAACAGCUGCAAGACUUAGCAUCAGGCCAGCAGGGCCUGGCCAAUCUACAGCCUCAACAAUUUGUUUCAAUAGCUCCUGCGGGAAGUCUCCCACAAACAUCUCUACCUCUGACGGCAACUCAGUUGCAGCAGCUACAAGCCACUGGCACCUUCAUGCAGCUAAACCAGAAGCCAAUAGCCAGCAGUGGUUCGUUAAUAAACAUUAUAUCGACGGGCCAAGCGUCAUCACCACAAAUUAUAUCUAACACAUCAACACCUUCAAAAAGUGUCAGUCAGGAGUCUCGAGGGCAGAAGAGGUUGUCUGAUGGGACUCCAAGUCAAUUGCAGCUAAGGCCUAUAGCUCCCGCUGGGUCGCAUGUCAGCCAUGACAAGAGCUCGACGAGAGAGUCGCGAACCUGGACAGCGGCACCAGAAUUUUUCCAGCGUCUAACAACGGCAAGAUAUUAUACUGAGUCCAGUGGAUUAUUCAACCAGUCUAAGGACAACACUAUAGUCAGCAUGGGGAUGAAGAUUAACCCGGCACACGGGACUAUCAUACAAGUGUCAUCAGGACAACAGACAAAUGUCUCAGGAGCGACGAUGGGACAAGACGGCACAGGAAUGUACAUUCGCCAGAUCGAUAGAAACGCGAUACAGAUCCAGACUAGCAAAGACGGACAGAAGCAAGACCUCAGUAAAGUCCAGAACACCGCUCAGAACGUUCAGAUGAUCACAGUACCGCAGGGGAUGACAGUGUUGCAGAACCCGCUUAAUAUCAGUCAGAUGCCGACAGUACUUGGUCAACCAAACAGUCAAGUGUACAUGAUACCUGCUAAUCACCCGAAUUUAAUGCAGAGUGCAUUACCGCCAGGCUUCCAGCAAGUUCUCCAGCCCGGACAGAACGUGACUGUCAUGCAGCCCAACCAGCUUGGCAUGACGGGCGGCGUUCAGUACAACAUGCCGCUCAUGCCCAUGAACAUGCCCGCCACCUCACAGUACAUGCCCACCGGCAUCAACCUGAACACGCAGCUAUCCGCACAGCAACUUAACGCAGCUCUCGCCGGACAUCAGUUAAACCCUAAUCUCGGCACUAUACCGAUAGUCCAAGCUCCCCCACCUUCCUCUCCCCUGACCAAUCCUGGACAAACUAUUCCUGUGUCCCAGCCGCCACCGGUCCACCAAUUAGUACCGAAUUCUUUCCUUACUCCCACUUCGCAAUAUGCAGGUAUGCCCCAACAGUAUAUGAUGCAAGGCAGCUCAGGCACCAUAACAGUACCUACAAACAACCCUAACGUCCAGUACACUAUUCCGGCUAGUCAGGCCACCUCAAACAAUGGUAACGGGCAGUCUACCCCUUCAGAAACAGACACAAACGGAGCCAACGGUCAGACAAACUAUAUUACAUCUUCAUCUCAAGAAAACGGGUAUACAAUGACAGGUGCAGUCCAAAACCAGCAGAGUUUCACGCCUGACGGCCAAGCUACGCAAACAACAGGUUUUACAGCAACCAAUCAGGCUGGGACGCCGACUUACGGGUCAUCUAACGGCAGCCAGAGCGCGACUUAUAACGUGAGUCAGACAUCAACUACACAGCCUCCGCCUACCUACAACCCUGCAAACGGUUCAAAUCCUAAUUCUAAUCAGAGUUACGCGUCAUCGAGCACACCCAGCUCUCAGAACUCUCAGUCUAACUUCUCUCCGUCGACGACGCCAGCGCCAAACCAGACGUACCCAAAUCCGGGCCUGCCAAACAUGCCGAACGUGGCGUUCCCACCGAACCAGAGCCCGCAGAACCCGUACCCUAACGCUACGGGGCAGAACUUGGCGGCGUACGCCAGCAACCAGUACCAGUACACGAGCCGGCCGUGGUUCCGCGCGCGCUACGGGUCCCCGCAGGGCUCGCCCUACCCCGGGGGCGCGGGCCCGCCCGCCGGGCCCCCGCUCCCCGUGCCACCCCCGACCCCCAACUACAACUACUGGCCGGACAGCUGAGACCUGGAAAGUAUUAUUGGGACAGAAUUUGACCAGUGAUAACAAUGAAAUAGUGAUAAGAGAGACUGCUUUAUAAAAUAUACAUUUAUGAAAUGUAAAGAAAUCAUAUUUAGUAAGUUUAAUUAGAUGAAAUAAUGAGUAUUUCUUAUAUUUCUCGUUUUAUUGUAAAAUAUGAAAACUGUAUUAUUACUAAAAUGUGUAAAUGUGACUGCUAAUAAUGUGUAUGAAAAUUAUACUUUUUACUUAAC